AUGGGUAACUUUCUUCCCCCCUGAAUAUUUGCUUUCAAAUCUCACCAGCCCUGAAACUUCUCCAAUUAGGUCGGAUUUCAAUGUCUCCUGACUCAGAUUUUGAUGGGAAUGGUUGAAGUUUUUUGGGGAUACGGGGUUUCUGGUUCUUGUUUAUAGGUAUCAAGUCCGUGUCCGCUCUUGAAUUAUUCAAAGGAGCCAUGAGUUCCAUGAACUACUCCUGCUCUGUUUCCCCCGGUUUCUUUGCUUCCAACUGAAUUUACUGAUUGAUUUAAAGCCCAUGGUGACUGGCCUGGCGUUUACAUCCUUUAAUCGCGGUCCUCUUUCGAACAGUGAUCAUGGGUGCUUUCACCCAAUUCCUGUACAAAAAACUCGUUCUCCUAGUGGGAUCCUCUCUAUUCUCUGUGUCCAGACUUCUGCUUCCUCUGUUCAGCUUCAUCAGCCCUUUUCUCUUCAGGUUGCAUGGCAAUGGCAGCCCUUUGAGGCAAAAAUUUGAGAUGAAUUCAGCCGAGAUUAUCGACCAGAAGGAUUUCAAACAUGUGCCGUCAGAGCCUACAUUAGAGCCCCAAACAGACCCGGAGCCGGAGUUGAACGAUGUUGGAUUUAAGGAGCUAGAGACUGGAUCACAUUUCGAGCCGGAGAAGAAAGCAAAAACGGACGAGGUUGGGUUCACGGAAUCCGAGGCUGAUUGUGAGGGAGAAAAUUUUGACACCUCUUUCACUUUCAGAUUCCCUACUUUUGAAGAAUACAUCAGUAACAGUAAGAAAGAAAGCGCUGAACUUUUCAACUCUGACCAGGUCUCAUCUACGAGUUCUAGUAAGUCCGAUUUUUUCAUGUCCUCCGAGAGCUUUAACGUCGAAGAAAUUGAUGCUGCUUCACAUAAGCAUUUCACCGUGGAAGCUGCAGAAACUUUUGAAGUGCAAUCAAAGAAGAAGCCAGUUGACGAUGGUCCGCGUGAUGAAGAAAAAUCUGAGGAAAAUGAGGCCACCAGUUGUAUACCACAGGAGACCGGCGAUUAUGAUUUUCGCAAUGAGAUUCGUUUUGAUUACACUGAGAGAGACUGCGUGAUCGUAAGUGAUGGCCAUUCAGAGUCGAUCAAUUCUGAGCCCGAUCAAGUUUCAGUCACGAGUGACUCGUACAACGAUGGCUUUCUGUCCGACGAAGAUUUUGGACAAGAAUACAGCAGUGUUGUUGAUCUCGAAGCCUCGAUGGAUGUCAAUGGCGAGAAAGUCAAAACCACACGCGGUGAAACGGCAGACUUUGGGGACAAAGAUGGGGAAUCCGACGAUUUUGGUGAAGAAGAUAGUGACAUAUUGGGCGAACUUUCGAAGCUAGAGGGAGAAUUACUUGAACAGGAUCUGGAACGUAAUCCAGAUGCAGUGGCGUCGCGAUUUUUAUCCGAGGAUGAUUUUCGUGAAGAUUCAAUGGGGGCCGAGGCCGACCAAGAUGAUAAGCCAUUGAAUGGUUCUUAUGACUCUGAAAAGGCGACGUCCAAGGAUACGUGUGACUUUGAGGAUCCAAACAAGUUGGAGACAUUGUGGGAACAUCAAGAUUUGAUUGAGCAGUUGAAGAUGGAGCUUAGAAAGGUCAGGGCGACUGGUCUGCCCACUAUUCUAGAGGAUUCUGAGUUUCCCAAAAUUACGGAAGACUUGAAGCCCUGGAAAAUUGACGAGAAGUUCCAGCGUGAAGAUUGCAUGGGCGAGCUCCACAAGUUCUACAAGAGUUACAGGGAGAGGAUGCGGAAAUUUGAUAUCUUCAAUUACCAGAAGAUGUAUGCAAUAGGUUUUCUCCAGCUGAAAGAUCCGCUUGAACCAAUCUCAAGUCCGAAAACUUCAGGUCCAAUACUCAAAUCCCUUCUUUCACAAAAUUUUUGGCAACUCAAACAUAAAAGCAGUGAGAAUGAGCCAAUGAUAAAGUUUGUGAAGGAAUUGCAGAGUGAUCUGGAAGUGGUCUAUGUUGGACAGAUGUGCCUUUCGUGGGAAUUCCUACAUUGGCAAUAUGGGAAGGCCUUAGAUCUCUGGGAUUCUGAUCCACGUGGGAUUCAUCGGUAUAAUGAAGUUGCCGGAGAAUUUCAGCAGUUUCAAGUGCUCUUGCAAAGAUUCGUAGAAGACGAGCAUUUCCAGGGGCCAAGAGUUCAAUGUUAUGUCAAACGUCGGUGCUUACUUCGAAACCUUCUUCAAGUUCCGGUAAUCAGAGAAGACAACUUAAGGAAGGGAAGACGAGGAGAGAGAGCCGAAUAUGUCAUCACGAGUGACAUGAUGGUAGAAAUCAUCGAGGAAUCAAUAAGAAUUUUUUGGCGAUUUGUUCGAGCUGAUAAACAUUGCAACAGCGCAAUGUCUAAAGGUCAUAAAGGAGCACCUCCAGCGCUUCAAAAUCCUGGCGACUUGGAGCUUCUGAUGGAGAUCAAGAACAUCCUUCAAAAGAAGGAGAGGAAGCUUAAAGACGUGGUGAGAGGUGGAAAUUGCAUUUUGAGGAGACUUCGCAAGAGCAGAGAAGAUGAAUCAGAUCAUGUUCUUUACUUUUUCUCUCAAGUAGAUUUGAAGUUAGUAGCUAGAGUCCUAAAUAUGUCAAGACUAACAACUGAGCAACUAGUAUGGUGUCACAGUAAAUUAAGCAGGAUUAGUAUUGAGAGUAGGAAAAUACAGGUAGAACCCUCAUUUCUGCUGUUCCCUUGCUGAUAAUAAUUGCUGCUUUAUUAUGUUUGAUGUAGAGGAGAGACACUCUCAGAAAAUUUACGUGGGGCUUUAUAACCACACAUGGGUUGCACAGAUGG